CAGAAGGAGGAGAAGUAAUCAUCUGCUUAUUUUCCUAUUUUAAUGUUAUUUAUUUUAUUUUAUUUGGUAACAUGACUGUAUACACGCUACUGCUGUUCAUGGCUAUCCUCUUCACCACAGAAGCAGGGGGAAGUUCUGGCCAAUAUAGAAUGCCAUCAUGUGGAGGCAUGAGUGAGACUCAAGCUUGUCCCUUAAACUACUCUCCAGUGUGUGGCACUAAUGGGAUCACCUAUGCCAACGAGUGUGCCCUGUGUGUCCAGAGACUGGAAACCAAAGCGGACAUCUUAAUUGUGAAGGACGGACCAUGCUGAAUAGGCAAGAUGGCUCGUAUCUUUGGAAAUAAUGAUGUCAUCUUACUUAUCAGUCUCACCUUGGACCUCUAAUUUACCAGAAAAUCAUAAUUUGGUUAUUUCAGCAAUGCAGAACUUUUGACUCAUAAAUAACAAGUAAAAUUGAUCUGCCCAAUUAAACAAAUUUUUGGCCCAGAUCUGAGUGCUGUGAUGGAAUUAUUAAAUGUGUCACAGAUCUACAGGUUCGACAGAUUUUGAUGCAGAUUCAUUUAAGUUGGUGUUAAUUUUAUGUGUAAUAUUUAUGUCUAUUUGCAUAUAAAUUUGGUGGUGGUGGUGUGGUUAAAGGCUGUUUUUUAUUACUUUGUAUUAUUAUUAUUCACGUAUUACUUAUUUUAUAACUGCUUCAUAUGAAAUCUGUAGCUACAGUUCCACAAAAUGUAUAAUGCUGAAAGAUAUAACCGAUUGUGCAAAGCAUAUACAGCUCCUGUUCACAUCAAAGAAUAAAAUUUAGAACAACUAUUAAUGUAAAUCGCCAUGGUACCUGUCUGAGACCCGAAGGCAUAUCCUUUUUGAAAAUGAACUGUUG